AUCAAUGCGAAACGGGACAGGACAUGUUAUAAGUUUUUGGUUUGCCUUCACUUUUCUUUGAAUAUCAUUCGUUACUAACCCGCUACCUCAGUUAAAAAUGUACAGAUAUUUCGGAGAAUUACUUACUCGUGGUGCAAGCAGUGCUCUGGCCUCGGGAUGUGUUGAGUCGGCUCUUCCAGUUACCGCGUCGUUGAUGAGGGUGCGCCACUACAGCGAGGUCGGAGGAGAGAAAGAUGCAGAUGACCCCAACUUCUUUAAAAUGGUGGAGGGAUUCUUUGACCGCGGUGCUAAUAUCGUUGAGGAUAAACUGGUGGAGGACCUCAAGAACAAGGAGACGCCAGUGCAGAAGAGACACAGAGUUCGCGGAAUUCUCAAGAUUAUCAAGCCCUGUAACCAUAUACUGAGUGUAUCGUUCCCCAUCAAGCGAGACAACGGCGAAUGGGAGGUGAUUGAGGGGUAUCGUGCCCAGCACAGCCAACACAGGACACCCUGUAAAGGAGGUAAAGCGGGGAAAGUGAAAUGACAGUGAAGGGGCGUGGGUCAUGCAGCCCUAAAGCUGACACUGUAGCUAGCAUGCUCGCCAGCCUGUCAACUCCUGUUCAGAUGGUUCAAAUAUUUUCCAACUUUCCUAAGCUACGUAUGUUUCGAUGCUAGCGUGCUAAUAUUGACUUUUAAAACUACUUUGUGUGAGGAACCGGCUGGUUUCUAUAUCUUGCUAGCAACUUUGACAGUCAAAUCAUGCCCCCCGGGGGCCCACGCAAAUCCACAUAGCUAAC